GUUGGUUUGAUGGCGAAAAAGGUUUCGUGUCUAUGGUCCUUCCUUGUGAAUAUUUACUGUAUUACGAAGAAAUUGCUUUAUUACGCCACUUAGGCCAUGGCGAAGAGAAGCAUCGAGGACGACGUGCGCCUCGAGUGUCGCCUGCGCCUCAACGCCUUGGUGGAGGGUGAGCGUCAGCCUCGGGAUGCUGAGGCCGACCAGAUCCGCAUCCUGGCUCCGGAUCCUGGAGGGCAUCGCAAGUACCGAGACGUGAGAUUCGAAUCCCUUCUGACGACGCCCCUCGUGGAUGGCGCCUCCCCCAGGGCGUGGGUGGUGGCAGGGGAGACCGGUAGGGGCAGGUCGACCGUUGUCAGGCACUUGAUUCGCUCCUGGUGCGGCAAGGGGCGGAAGGUUGAACUGCUCGACGCGUUUCAGGGCGUGGUCGUGCUGAGCGGCGCGCAGACGGCCGAGGACGGGCUGUGGGAGGCUGUCAAGGAGACGCUGAGCGACACGACGGAGCGCUGGGACGCCGCCACGCUCGCCGAGUGGAUGGAGGAGUCGCGGGUCCUCGUCGUCAUCGACGACUUCAUCAUGAGGUUCUGCCGCGAGGCCCUGGAGGAGGCCCUGGAGGAGUGGACGGAGGCGAGCUUCAUGCUGAUGACGCGCCCCGAGGACUCAGCGGCCGCCAGGAGCCUCUUGGCCGAGCACCAGCCGACGCUCCUCCUCUCGCUGCCUGGCCUCAGCGCCGACGCCACGCACGCCCUGGCCGCCAGGUACCUCUCCAGGCAGGAGCGGGAGUCCUUUCGCGCGUGGGUGGAGGCCAGACGGGGCAUCGUGGCCGAUGUGCUGACGUACCCCGCCCUGGUGGAGCCCGCGUGCCGCGCGUGGCAGGCGGGGAGGUGGCCCGCCACGACGCAGACCACGACGGAGCUCCUCUGGGGGAUCGUCGAGCACAUGAUGUCGGCGGAGAAGCGGUUGAAAAUUUCGUCUCUGACCGAGUGGCUGCUGGCGCUGGGCCGCCUGAUGAGGACGAGCCUGGAGAAGAACGGCCUGCCGAAUCUCAGAGAAGACCUGGAGAAGGAGGCGGCCCGCCUGUUCUCGCGAGACCUCGUCCAGGCAGUGUCCUCGGCCUUCUGCUUCUCGCACUCGUCCGCCGCGCCCGCCACGGUGACCCUUCCGCAUCCGCUCACGCAGUUCCUGGCCGCCUGGGACGCCGUCCACCAGAACCUCCAGGGCACCCCGAUGAAGGCGCUGGUCAAGAGAAUCGCCGACGAGGACAGCAUCGUCAUCUACGCCGCCGGCCACCUCGCCCGCCUCCUCGACUACCAGCCCGACCUACCGGAGAAGAACGUGUCCCGCGCCGCCAAAAACCUUGUCCUGCACAUGGACCGAGCCAAGGACCGCUUCGGGUACACGCUGCGGGUCAUCCACGAGUGCCGCACGCACCCGGUCGUGGUCAAGACCAUAGCGAAGGAGGUGGAGAUCGCGCGCUACUGGGAAGUGCGGAACAGCGCCGUGCUGCCUGACGCCGUGGCCGCGCUGCUGCAGCACACCGUGCCCAGCAAGAUCCAGGUGACCGUCGAGAAGAACAUGGUGGCGCCAGACAUCACGGGCGUCGUCGAGUUAGUGGCCACGACGAACUACCCGAUAUUCUUUGCCGAAAUGAACCACCUGGAGUGGGAAUACCCCGACACGACGGAUGAGCUGGUGCACGCGCUGCAGGCUGGCAGCGCUCCUCUCGAGGACUUCCUCGGCUGCUUGAAUGUGGCCACCAUCGAGAGCCUGGCCCUGAACGACGUGACGCGGCACCUCGUCUGCCUGAGGGUGAGAGUGUGCGAUAUUAGCGCACUAACGGCCCUGUUGCAGACGCCCGCGUGUCUGCCGAGCCUCAUGUGGCUGGAAGCGGACUUCGACCUCUGUUUAUAUGACAUCACCAAGGAUCACCUGACGCAGGUUCCGACGCUCCUCAUGGACGUGUGUUUUAAAGACGUGGCGGACGAGGACGUGGAUUACAUGUGCGACCUUCUGUCCGUCAUGCGCCCGAGGUACUCCGGCGUGCACCUGACCAGAAGCUCCCUCACGGCGCAGGGGGCCGCCAACAUCAUCAAGAACUUCUACAAGCGCGGCAUGCUCACGUCCGCCAGCAUCGAGGCCAUCAAGCGCUACCGCCGCUGGAGGUUCCCCGCCCUCAGCAGCAUCGAGGGCGAAGUGACUGACGCCGCCGCCCGCCACCUCCUCGGCUACGACGACCGCUACCACUACAGCGAUAACGAAGUGAUGUCCUGCGCCGUCCUGCAGCCCACGGACGCCCAAUUCCUCGCCAAUUUCUUAGCCGCGAUGGAGGACGUGGUGUUCUUCCGGUUCGUGAGCGCCAACUACACCGUCCUGAAGAAGAGCGACGCGCCGGUCGAAAUCACGAGACUCGCGUAGUAAUUCAAUCCGCAUUUUACCGUGAUUUACUUAGUUUGGCGAGUCUGUGUUUCCUAAUAUGAAAGAUGGAAAAAGAAAAGAGAGAAGAAUUAUAUAUAUCGUUAUUGUUGUCAUACA